AUGGUGUCUGUGUCUCAGGCGUUCGAGCCGAGCUGGGACCUCAAGGUGUUGCUCACGAACCUUCUUCGGCAGGUCGUGAAGCCCGAAACAGCUGACGACAGGGGCAUCAAGGAAGAGGCUGCCCUGGGUGCAAUCGACGACCUGGAUGACAACGGGCUAGCCAAAAGACUCGAGGAGCUUCUCGUGGACAAAAGGUACCUCAUAGUGAUUGAUGAUGUUUGGAGUGUGCGAGCAUGGGAGGCAAUCCAAUCCAAGCUACCAGAGAACAACAAGGGCAGUAGAAUCAUCUUGACCACUCGGAUAGAAACAGUGGCCAAUGCAUGCAGUCCUGCUAGUUUUAGUGGCCAUUGCAUUCAUAAAAUGGAACCCCUUAAGCCUGAAGAUUCCAAGAAGUUGUUCGAGUUUGAAGAUGUAAUGAGCGACAUGUUUGGCUCCCUGGAUGUCGCUUACCCCAAGGAGUUUGAAGAUGUAAUGAGCGACAUCUUGAAAAAAUGCGGUGGGCUGCCAUUGGCCAUUAUCAGCAUUGCUAGUGUUUUGGAAGGGUACAAAUCACCAGGAGGCAAAGAUAAGUGGGAUAGAGUCUGCAAAUCACUUGGUUCUCAAAUGGAUAUCCACCCUACCCUUGAGGGGAUGAAGCAUAACUAUGUGAUCAGAAAGAGCCGACUAUUGAAUAGAUGGAUGGCUGAAGGAUUGGUUCAUCAAAAGCGGGGGUUGACUAUGUGGGAGGUUGCAGAGUCUUACUUGGACGAACUCUUGAGUAGGAACAUGAUUGAAGAAGCAGGCCAUUUGGCUGGUUAUGCUGGGGCGGAGCAAACAUACAGGGUGCAUGACAUGCUUCUUGAGGUCAUGGUGUCCAAGUCCUUGGAAGCUAACUUUCUUAGCCUACAUGGAGGGCAGUAUAAGGGGAUGUUGUAUGACAAGAUCCGUCGCCUCUCCAUCCAUGCUGAUGUAGAAAGUGUAGAUUCUGUAGCAAUGAGAAAUGUUGAAGGCCGCCGAGGUGAGGAUAAUUUGAACAUACAAAAUGUUCGAUCACUGAGCAUGUUCCAGCUCCAUGGGCAACACAAGCUCCUAAAAACGCUAGGCAACUUCGUCCUCUUGCGGGUGCUUGACCUAGAAGACUGUGAGGGAGUAACAAACAAGCAUGUAAGGUACGCCUGCAAUCUAUACCUACUUAGGUUCCUAAGCUUGAGGGCCACAAACAUAAGCAAGGUGCCUAGGCAGAUCGGGAAUCUAGAGCAUUUACAGAUGCUUGAUCUAGCUUACACGCUUCUUACUGAGCUGCCAGAAACAAUCACAAAGCUGGAGAAACUCGAGGACAUACGGUUCUGCAACAAGGAUAAUCUUUGGGUUACUAUGUGGACUAUGCCCCGAGGAAUCAACAAAAUGAAGGCUCUACAUGUGCUGCGUGGGGUAUCUCUUGGGAAUGACUCUAAAGUUGCCCAAGAGGUAGGUGAACUUGAGGAACUAGAAGAGUUAACAAUAUUCAUCGACAUCAACAAGGCCAUUGAUGAGGAGGUUCUCAACGAACUUGCUCUGUCCAUAAGUAAGAUGCACUCCCUCCGAUGGCUCACUAUAGGACAACUUGGAAGGAGUGAUGAUGGUGGUGUCAAGAUACUGAACUUUCUCCAUCACCUACCAACACCACCACGACUCCUCCAAACCCUUUGCAUCAGAGGUGACAUUGCCAAUGGAUUGCCCAGCUGGAUCGGGUCACUCACACAUCUUGUUAGUUUUAUUGUGCUAUUUACAACCCUCACUGAUGAUAAGCUCUUUGGCGUCCUGUGUACGCUACCCAACCUGAAGACAUUGUUCGUGGUUUGGGACUGCUACAGCGGGGAUGAGCUGGUUGCACGCACCAUCCACAAAUUUCCGGUGCUUAGGGACCUGAUACUUGGAGGUUAUCUACCCAAAGUUAUCCGGUUUGAGGAAGGAUCCAUGGCAAUGCUUGAGAUGCUUUACCUUCGCUUUGGCUCCAGGUCCAGACACGUGGCGGAGAGGAGCAUCGUUGGCAUUGAACACUUGACCAACCUGAAAAAGUUUACGUUCCACUGUCAAGGUGACUAUCAUGCACUAGUAGACACAGUACUUGAGCAGAUGAAGACUGAGAAUGAUAGGCGCUCGAGGUCCAACUCCAACCAAUUCCAAAUUGCAGUAAAAUAUUGGUGA